GUGCAAAGGAUAUGCCUCCUGCCAAGGAUGAGAUGGUGAAAGAAACUAACGGUUUGGAUAUAAUAAACAUUGUAGAGAAGAGUCCCGCGAAAAACAGCGCUCUUGUGGACGUUAGAGCGUGCAAUAAACCUUCUACUAAGUGUUAAUUCAGUGCGUGAUGUAUCGACCAGCUGUAUGUUAUUUGUGUACAUGAUAAUUUGUAAAAUGCACAGAACCUAGUGCGUCUAUGUAGUGCAUGCCUUACCGCACCCGACUAGAUUGGAGGCGACAUGACUAAUUCACAGAUAUGGUUCCGCGGCGUCCGCAGCUCCAAGUUCCGGCAUGUGUACGGCGUGCCGUUCAAGCGCGAGCGUUGCUAUGACAACAUCAAGAUCACGCGCAACGCUCACGACUCCAACUUCUGCGCAGUCAACCCCAAGUUCGUAGCCAUCGUCACCGAGGUGGCUGGAGGAGGCGCCUUCCUUGUGCUGCCUUUGGAUCAUACGGGGCGACUAGACUUCAACGCCAGCCGGGUGACGGGCCACAAGGGGCCGGUGCUCGACAUCAAAUGGAACCCCUUCAAUGAUAACAUCAUUGCCUCCUGUUCCGAUGAUUGCACGGUGAAGCUAUGGCACAUCCCGGACGGUGGUCUGUCCAUGCACCUGACGGACUGGCUGGUGGAGCUGCAGGGGCACAAGCGGCGCGUGGCGUACGUCGAGUGGCAUCCCACCGCCGAGAACAUCCUGCUCAGCGCUGGCUUCGACUACCUGAUCUUCGUGUGGGACGUGGGCAAGGGCGAGGCGGUCCGCGUGCUGGAGUGCCACAGCUCGGCCAUCUACUGCAUGUCCUUCAACCGCGACGGCUCCUUGCUCGCCACCACCUGCAAGGACAAGAAGCUGCGGAUCAUCGAGCCCAGGCGGGGGAUCGUGCUCUCUGAGGGCCCGUGCCACCUGGGCACCAAGGCGUCCAAGUGCACGUUCCUGGGCGCGUCGGGCCGCGUGCUGACCACGGGCUUCUCCCGCCACAGCGACCGGCAGUACGCCGUGUGGGACCAGCACGACCUGGCCCAGCCGCUGGUGCAGGAAACCAUCGACAGCUCCUCGGGCGUCGUGUUCCCCUAUUAUGAUUAUGAUACUAAUAUGGUGUACCUGGCGGGCAAGGGUGACGGCAACAUCCGCUACUACGAGGUGGUGGACGAGCCACCAUACGUUCACUUCCUCAACCAGUUCCUCUCCGGGAACCCACAGCGCGGUCUAGGCUUCAUGCCGAAGCGCGGCGUCAACACGUCCAUAUGUGAGGUGUUCCGGUUCUACAAACUCCACACGUCACGUGGCCUAUGUGAGCCCAUCUCCAUGAUCGUGCCGCGCAAGUCUGAUUGCUUCCAGGAGGACCUGUACCCCGACACGGCGGCGCCGCGGCCGGCGCUGGCGGCCCGCGACUGGCUCGGCGGCAUCAACGCGCCGCCCACGCUCAUCAGCAUGAAGACUGGCGUGACGAUCUCGACGCACAAGCCGCGCAGCAACAAGGAGUCCCCGGCGCUGCAGCCGCAGGACGCCAACAACCGCAAGAAGUUCGCCUUCCUGGCGCGCGAGACCACGCCCGACUACCGCCCGCUCAACACCUGGCAGGAGGACGGCCUCAACGACAACGACAACCAGGUGUCAGAGAAGUCAGCCAAGACGCAAGCCAACCAGAGCACGAAGUUCCACCAGCUGCGCUGCAUGUUCGCGGGCGCCGCGCCCGCCAGCGACGCGCCCGCCGCCGUGCCGCUCUACAAGCAGAUCACGCACGGGGACGUGUUCUCCACAGAGCACGAGCUGCGGCUGGCGUUCAACCGCCAGGGCGAGGAGCUGCGCAUCGUGAAGCGCCAGCUGGCCAACAGCCAGCAGCGCGUGCGCGACCUGGAGGCCGCGCUGGCGCAGCUGCAGGCGCGGCCGCAGCACGCGCACUAGCCGCCGCGGCCGCGGGCCAGCGCCGGCCGGAGUUAUGACGCGUUUUCCUACGAAUUUACAUGUAAGCGUACCAAUAAUGGUCACACUUCCGAAAGAUUGGGACUUUUCCUGCAUGUUCGCCCGAGACGGCGUCGUACGAAAACGCGUCCAAGCUGUGACCGGUCUAGUACAAAGGACUUCACACGGCGAUGCACGAUGUUUAGAAGAGAGUUGCAGGCUUUUUGAAUGGCCCUUCUUAGGCUUCAGUGCAUAUUAGAGCGACAAGCCUAUAACUUGCCCAAGGUAACGUGGACGUGAUCCGUUAAUAACACGUAACCAGUGGUAAACCAUUCCCAAGGCAAUGCGGUCAUU